GAGAGAGAGAGAGAGAAAGCGAGAGAGAAUAAGCAACUUUAGUUACUAGGCAUAGCUGCUGUGUCUCCUCCGGCACAGCGUGGUAAAAGAGAAGCAUUUGGCAGUUAUGGUUGAUCAGCGUUUCUUUCAUCCUCUACGCUGCAUUAGAGACGACGUACACACUGAAUAGAUCCUGUUUCCUCCUUCGUUUUGACGGAUUAAAAAUAAAAGAUGCCAUGAAAUACCCAACGAGCCGACAUCUUCAUCAAUGUGCGUGAGAUGGCACUGAGGAAACCUUAGCAGGACUGUGACCACGGCCAUCAUUUUGCAGGAAAAUGCAUCUUUGGAUUUCAUAUGUUUUGCUAAGUGCAACAUCAGUGUGCACUGUUGAGAUGGUUGGCAGUUAUGGAGAAACAUGUCAAAGACUUUGUGCCUGUGAUGAGAGAGAGGGGAUUCUCACAGUGAGCUGUGAAAACAGAAGAGUUGUAAGUAUCUCAGACAUAAGCCCAGUGUACUUCUCCCAGUAUCAUCUGCUGCUUACAGGGAAUCUUUUGAAAAAGCUAUCUGCCAAUGAUUUUGUUGAGUACAAGGGACUUACAAUAUUACAUCUGGGAAAUAAUGAGAUAUCUGAAGUUGAAGCAGGAGCUUUUAAUGGACUUCAGGAAUUAAAAAGAUUGCAUCUCAACAAUAACAAAAUUGAUGCCUUGAAGGAAGAGAUUUUCUUUGGCCUGGAAAGUCUGGAAUAUCUACAAAUUGAUUACAAUUAUAUUACUCAUGUAACGCCGAAUGCCUUGAGCAGACUUCGACAUCUGGAGGUCCUGAUUCUAAACGACAACUUAAUAUCUACUCUGCCUGUGAACAUUUUCCAGUAUGUACCAUUAACUCAUUUGGACUUAAGGGGAAAUCAGCUUAAAGUGCUACCCUACUCAGGUCUGCUGGAACACAUGAACAGUGUUGUGGAGUUACAGCUGGAGGAGAACCCAUGGAACUGUUCAUGUGAGCUGAUUGCUCUUAAAACAUGGCUCGAGAGCAUAUCAUACACAGCUUUAGUCGGCGAUGUUGUUUGUGAGUUCCCUUUCCGGCUUCACGGGAGAGAUCUUGAUGAGGUUUCAAAACAGGAGUUGUGCCCGAGGAGAGCCAUUGCCGAGUAUGAGAUGCAACCCCUGCCACAUUUGAGCACCGAUGCAUACUAUAGGACUACGCCAGCUCAUGUCACAGCCUCUUUCACCUCAUCUGGGAUUGCACGGUCCUCAUCACGACCCACUAAAGGACCCCACCAGUCACGCAAGUUAAAAUCAAGGCCCACUGCUCGCAUCCCAUCUAAUAAACCACAGAAUUAUGGCCAAAUUAUUUCAUAUCAAACAAAAUCCCCUGUGCCUUUAGAUUGCCCAACUGCCUGCACCUGCAACCUUCAAAUUUCAGACCUUGGCCUGAAUGUGAACUGCCAGGAGCGAAAGAUUGAGCAUAUUUCUGACUUAAAUCCCAAACCCUACAAUCCCAAAAAGAUGUAUUUAACUGGGAAUUAUAUCCCUGUGGUGCGUCGAUCAGAUUUUAUUGAGGCGACUGGAUUAGAUUUGCUUCAUCUUGGUAACAAUCGAGUUUCUCGCAUACAUGACCGAACAUUUGGCGAUUUGACGCACCUGAGAAGACUAUAUCUUAACGGAAAUCUGAUUGACCAUCUUAAAGCUGAGAUGUUUUAUGGACUGGAGACCCUACAGUUCUUAUAUUUAGAAUACAACGUCAUUAAAGAAAUUGCUUCUGACACCUUUCAGCAUGUACCCAAACUUCAGCUUCUUUUUCUGAACAAUAAUCUUUUGAAAACCUUACCAGUGGGAACAUUUAAUGCCCUGACAUUAGCUAGACUAAAUCUUCGCAACAACCAUCUGCGAUAUCUGCCUGUCAGCGGCGUGCUAGAUCAGCUCACGGCACUAGUGCAAGUCGAUUUGUUUGAGAACCCCUGGGAUUGCUCUUGCAGCAUACUGGAGUUGAAGAUGUGGCUGGAGCAGCUUAGCACAGGCACGGUGAUAAACAAUGUCAUCUGUGGUUCGCCUAAAAGGCUAGCUGGGGAGGACAUGAGAUACAUUAAGCCAGCCAAUUUCUGCCCUAAUAACUCUGAUAUACUUGCCUCCAUAAUCCCACCCUCUGAAGAAUCUUUUCCAGGCAGCACUAUCACCAUUGAAACAUCCUUGGACUUUGACACACAAUCCAGCGCUAUUCCUUUGUCUGUGAUGAUUCUUGCCCUCCUCCUCAUGUUCAUUGUGUCUGUGUUUGUGGCUGCAGGAUUGUUCGUGGUAAUGAAAAAGAAACAUCAAAAGAGUCAAAACGAGCACAAUAACUCCAUGAAUGCUUGCAUUAGCUCUCUCAACAUGGAAUAUGGCCUUUACAAAAAGGGAUCCAUUCCCAAAGUCAGAACAUCUGCUGGACAUGUAUAUGAGUACAUACCACCUCCCACAGAAUCCACGUGCAGAACUUCUGCCCAAACACCAACGGAGAGCAAAUCGGCGGAUAGGUUUAGAGACUUUGACGAGUUGAGCAGCGCUUUUCUGGGUAACUCAGACGAAGAAGCAGCCAGUAAUGUAAUAAGCUCGGAAUACAGCGCCACCACUCCAGAGCCACCUAACAAGCCCUCCAGCUCUUACCAAGGUGAUCAGUGUUGCUACAGAGAUGUACAUGAGCCUGACAAGCACACACGCUACAGCAAUACGUUACCAUGCAGGCAUGCAGCGCAUUUGUCAAGUCAGUAUACCUCAGACUUUGAUGCAAGUCAUCAAUACAUGCACCCAGAUAGGGUACAACAGACAAUACUCUAUUGUGCAUCACCAAGUGCAGUGUAUGUGGAGCCCAACAGGAGUGAGUACUGGGAACUCAAAGCAAAGCUUCAUAUUGAUCCGGAUUACCUUGAGGUUCUUGAAAAACGAACAACAUUUACACAGUUUUAGGAGACUUGACGUUGAUGCUCAGAGCGGAUGCAUUGAUGUAUCCUUUUUUUAUCAGGAAUCCGACCAUGUUUAAAAAAAACAGACAGAACUACUUUAUCACCUUGUGAUGGUAAAAUAUAUUGUGAUUAUUUCUGGGAAUCACUUGUCACAUGAUGGAAUAAUAAAACUACUCAUUUUAAAGUAUCACUUAUCCCUUUACCCCUGUGGUGUUUAACAGUUUGGUUCAAAUGUGUAAAUAUGAUCAAGCAACCAGAAAUCUGAGGCUAUUAUGACUCAUCCCUACAUAAAAUACAUCCUGGAGUUGUUUUGUCAACAAUAAUGUGACUGAAUUUCUACUCUCAAAUUAGAGUGCUCAUGAAGCGUCCAGAUGAUAUGUUCUUUUUUUUUAAAGAUUAGUUUUUCGGCUUUUAAGGCCUUUAUUUGAUUUAGGCAUGAAAGGGGAGAGAGAGGGGGGACGACAUGCAACUAAGGUAUAAGGGGUUGGAACCGAACCUGCGGCCGCUAUGGUGAGGACUGAGCCUCUGUACAUGGUGGCACACUCUACCAAUUGCGCUACCCAGGUGCCCCAGAUGAUAUGUUCUUAUGCCAAAAUAAACCAUUUUUUUUGUUACAAUUAGAAGUAUGGCGCGCAGUUCUGGCAAAUUUAGUCAAAAGGAAACUCCCAAGAGAGAUUAAAUCAAAUUUAGUCUGCAGGUAAAUUGAUCUGUGACCAUGAAUUUGACCUGUGAGGUGUUGACAAAAGUCCCGCAUCUAGGAAAUUGUAAUUCAGGGGAGAAUGGAGUCAGACACAUUGAGGAGGCAGUUUUUCCUCCAGAAUGCACAGCUCGGGGAGGAUCAUAUUAAAUGUAUGAAAUCACAAAACAAAUUCCAAUGUAAUAUCUCAAAUCAGAGAGUAUGAGGCCAGACAAUCUCUGCUCUCUUGUUUGCAGAUUUAAGAGAGAAUAAUGAACGUGUCCUAAAAAUACAUACAGAAUCAGUGGUUUUCCCUUGGAGCCUCCCCACCUUCAAACCAACUGCACUUGUGGAUUAUGGACACAGGUUGUACUUGUAUUUAAUUAUAUAUCAUUGUGUUGUAACUGUACUCAGAAAUGUUGUAACUAAUAGAUUACAAUCACAGCCAUAUCCAGAUGUAUUGUAACUGGAAGAAGAUUUGCUAUAAAAGGCUAAAUCAUGCAUCAAAUUUGUGAUGCAUGAUAUAGCCUUUCAUAGCAAAUCUUCUUUCAGUAUUUCUGGCAAACAUCUAGCUUGAAAACACACUUGUCGAAAAAUGAUGAAUUGUAAGUGUCUUACAUUUAUUUUUACCACAACCAAAGCACUUCACAAAAAGAAAUCAGCUCGUAAUAUAUGCAAUAUGAAAGUUUGACACUCAGAGAAGUACGUCAAAGGACAUUCCUGUCUUUCAUUGUACCAUUACAAUCUUUUUUUCUUCACUAUAUCUCGGAAUACCUUUACGAAAAUUGUUUUUUAGUUGCAAUACAUUUGAGUAGAUUUGCAAUACAAUAAGAGUCCAUGUUUCUCCAUAUACUUCUGUUUGAUAUUCAGCUGAAAUCUGUUGGUCUCAGGCCCAAAACAUAUUUUAAAUGACUGCAUAUCUUUAUGAAACUUUCUUUUCUUUCUUUUCUUUCUUUUACAAAAAAUGCACUAUCAAUUUAUACAGGUUAACAAUGAUGUCACUUUCUGAAAUGCACAACAUGGUAACACGUGCAUAUAGCCAUAGAAGUAGGUUUGAUAACUGUAUACAUAAAAGUACAUCAUGUUAAAAAAGCUUGCACUAUGCAUAGAUAUAUAGAGUAUACUUAGACAAUCUGUACAAAAUGCCAACAGCUCAUCCUCUCGGCCACCAACCAACAUAAACAUGAUAUUUAAUAAUAUCACAUCCCAUAGAUGUUUAUUUAAAAUGUAACACUCAUGAAUAUUCAAAGGUACUUUGGAACCACAUUUUGUAUAAUUCAUUUUUUCUAAAACUUUAUAUAUUUUUAAUUACCUGUGUUUUUAGGGGAAUACUGAGUGGAUUUGUGUGUGUUGCGUCACAGUGAAAAAACAAUGUCUCAUUAUUUGGCAUUGUUUGUUUUCAUUUGUGGGCGCAUGAAAUCUGCAAUUAGUAGUGUCUUUUUCUCUCCUUUUAAGGGGGGGGGAGGGGGGUUGAUUGGUAGUGUAUCAAAUGUGUAAAGGUUUGCAAGAGCUUUGGGUUCUAGAUUGAAUGCAAAACAAAUACAUGCUUGAAUGGAUAAAGUUGUCUAAUUCACAAAAAAAUGUUACAUGCUCUAAAGGAUCUAAGCCCAUCAUCCAGUCAAAAUGCAGUCAGACCAAUUUCUGAGUCAAUAGUAUACGCCUGGAAAUCAAACUUUAUACACAGAGUAAAUUCACUUCAUAUGCAGUAUUAUGCACUGAACUUAUCAUCUUAACUCAGCUAAUUAGAGGACAUGGUGCAUUUGGAACCUGUCUGCAUGUCACUGUGCAUUACACUGCAGCAUUAGUCAUGCUGUUUAUCAAGUAUACAGUUUUGGUUUGUUGCCUUUCACAUGUUCAGAGUCAUUUUGUGUUUAUAAUUUGAACUAUGUCUGCCCCACACAUUCACACAGUCACACAGUGCAGCAGGAUGUAAACCUGCACAGGUUGAUAUUUUGUUAGAUGGAUUUUUUUAAUCAAUACAUUGCUGUGAAGUCAGUGGUGAAAACACUACAAACCUGCCCAGACAAAAUGGUUUUAUUGUGAGCAGUCUACCAAAUUUAGUCAAUUGUUUGAGUUCUGAAAAUAAUAUAUAUAUAUAUAUAUAUUUAAAUGUGUGGUAAAUUGUCUGCAACCAAGCUAAUGCAACAGAUGAGAAAAUAGCACAUAACAAAAAAGAAAAUAAUUUAGGUUGCUAGUGUAUUUGAAUAAAAAUCUGAUGCAUUUAUUUUUCAUGAUUUUCUUUCAAUUUGUAAGAAUAUUGCAACUGUGUAAUGGAAAAGACUAUCUAUUGUAAAUAACAGACAUUUGUAAUUUUUUGCUCUUUCACCUUUUUGUCAUCAGUGACCAAAUGCCGAUAUUUGUCACAAGUGAGACUGCAAAUACUGAUAAUCCAAAAAUAUGUUAAAUUGAAAUGUCCUGUGUAUAUGUGCAAAUGUUUCAUUUGCAAAGAAGAAGAGAUCCAGUUAGUGUCUUAUUCUUACUCCAAAAUUUGUUUGCUUUUGUUUGCUCUGUUUGUAUUUUAAUAUGAAACUGUGGUUUUCUAUUUCAACCUCUGAUUUGUAAAUAGAACACUUCAUCAGCAUUUCCAUACUUGCAUUGGCUCUGAAAAAAGAAAAAACAUGGUCUCUUGCAAAACCACAGUACAACUAGGAAUAUGUGGGGUAAAUAUAUCUACAAUGUGCUGUUUCUUUAGUUGUUAGCUGAUGAAUAAAAGAUAUGCAUUCA